AUGAUUGCCCUACAUUGUGAUGGUUCUUUGACGGCUGAUAGGGCUGCUUAUGGUGGGCUCAUUCGUGAUGACACAGGGGCUGUUAUAUUGGCCUAUGUUGGGAAGGGUGAUGAUGACUCUGUUCUUGGUAUGGAGCUCCUUCCCAUUUUACGGGGGGUGACCUUGUGUAUUCAAAAUGAUUUUCGCCGGGUUUCCAUUAGAUUUGAUUCUAAGCUUGUGGUGGACAUCUUGAAUGGUACCAUAUGCUGCCCGUGGAGCAUGCAGGUUUUAAAAGGGCGUAUUUCUUCACUCCUUGAGCAAUUGCAACGUAAAGAGAUUCGACAUGUUUGGAGAGAAGUUAACCAACCUACAGAUUUUAUUGCAGCCUUCGAUGCUGGAGAUGGGGAAUCAAUCCUCCUCCCCUUGGAUUUCCCACCGGAGUUAGUGGAGAUGAUUAGGGAUGAUGCAGAUCGGAAACCCUACUUCAGGCCCCCUUGUCAGUGA